ACAUUAGGAACAAGAUCCACCAGACCACAGCCACACAGCCCGGAAAACCCACCAGAACCAUUAGAAUUAAUCGGUGGGGGGGACAGGAGAGAUAUUCAGAGCAACAGGGACCAUGCUGAAUGGUGAGGGAGGGAGAAGAGGAAGAUCUUUUGUAAACUAGGAAAAAUCUCUAGGAGAGUGAAAAAAAGAAAGAAGAAAACUCACAUGACAGAGAAAAAUGGCUUUAUCUCUUUAUUGAGGUGAUGGUUAUGAGGACUUGAACAAAGAAUCCAUGCAGGCAGAAGGCCCCAUAGCCAGUUAGAAGGAGAAAACCAGACUGAUGCUGUGCAGUUAAAUGUUCUUGGUCCGCAGGACCGUCCAAAGGAGAACUUUCUGAGCUUCUAUUGACAGGGAGAGAAAGAAAUAUGGAUGCAGAACAAGGAAAGCGGCCAGAAUUUCAGCUCCAUGAUGUGUUCAAACCGUGGGCUUCCCCAGAAAUGAAGACUGAGGAGCGAGAUCCGGGAGGCUCCAUACCCAUGGAAGAAUCAGAGGAAGCUGAGCAAACUCCUCAUGUCACCUGUGGCAGGAGAAUCCAGGAAUUUGUGCCAAGGAUCCCAGUGGAUCUGGUGAAACAGGAACCAUGUGAGGGUCUCCUUCAGCAAUGGGAUGCCCAGUGGCAGGAAUUCUUGAAGACUGUGGAGGCCCCUGACUCAAGUGGGGGUAUUGCACCUUUCCCAGAAGAGCCUGCCCCUUGGGAUGACACCAAGGCCUUCCUGGCCUCCUUUGAGCAAGUGGCCAAAGCCUGCCGGUGGCCCAGGAAGGAGUGGGUAGCCCAGCUCCUGCCAGCCCUCAGCGGAGAAGCUGAGCAGGUCUUUAACAGGCUGGAGGUCAGUGACAGAGAGGAUUAUGGGAAGGUCAAGGCAGCCAUCUUGCGGCAGGAUGCCGCAGCCAGGGAAAGGUGGUGUCACCACUUCCGGCAUUUCUGCUACCAGGAGGCUGAGGGACCAAGAGGGACUUGCAGCCAGCUGCGGGAACUUUGCCAUCGGUGGCUGAAGGUCAAGAGACACACCAAAGAACAGAUCCUAGAGCUGCUGAUCCUGGAGCAGUUUCUGGCUGUCCUGCCCCCGGAGAUCCAGAGCUGGGUCAGGGAAGGUGGUCCGGAGACCUGUUCUCAGGCAGUGUCCCUGGCUGAGGACUUUCUGCAGCUACAGCGAGAAGCGGAGAGCCAGGAUAAACAGAUGCCACUGUCAUUUGAGGAGACAACUGUGAAUUUCUCCAAAGCUUUGCAGUCUGUAUCAGACAUGGGACAAAAGGGCAAAUGCAGGGAAACCAAAGAAGAGGAGAAGGAUGGUGAAGAUAAGAGCAUGCAAGAUUACAGGCAAGGGAAUGAGUGCAAAGAUGUAACAAGUCAACUGGAAAAUGCUGAUCGAGUUGAACCAUCCCAACGGACAGCAACCAAGAUUUACGUGAAGGGUGAAGCCUCUGAGAAUCCACAGAAGCUUAAGAGGCAACAUGGAAAUCUCCCAAGGAAUAAUAUGGGGAAACCUGUUCUCUGCGGGGCAAGCAAGAAAUCCCUCAAUGAAGCCCCACUGCAUCCACAGCAACAGGUUGGGUCUGGGGAAGGUUGCACGCAGGACUUGGUCCUUGUGAAAUAUGAACAGGUUGAAAUCCAGGAGCUAACUUAUCCACAGGGGGAUGGGAAAGACCUCAGUUGUCAGGACCACCUUCUGAGGCACCAGCGAAUCCAUGCUGGGGCAAAACCAUAUCAGUGCUCAUUCUGUGGGAAGACCUUCAGCCGCAGGUCGCACCUGGUUACCCAUGAGAGGACCCACACUGGGGAGAAACCAUAUGAAUGCUCAUACUGUGGGAAGACCUUUAUCCAGAGCUCUCACCUGAUCCUGCAUGAGAGGACGCACACGGGGGAGAAACCGUAUCAGUGCUGCGCCUGUGGGAAGAGCUUCAGUAGUACCUCAAAUCUUCUCGCACAUGGGAGGACCCACACUGGGGAGAAGCCCUACAAGUGCACUGUGUGCGGGAAGGGUUUCAUCAGCAAGUCACACUUGAUAAGGCACCGACGGAACCACACGACAGAAAAGACACUGGCAGAACAAGCGGGUUCAGGAAACAGCUUGUGUGAACUAAAGGGGAAGGAGAUGGAAGAGCAAGACCCAAAACGACCUGGAAUUGGCAAGAGAUCAAGAAAGGGCCCCCACACAGUGAGUGGUGUUGAAUUCUGGGAAAGAGCUGUGGCAGAGAUCCUGGAUCAAGACACCAUGAACUCAGAUGUACACAGGCGAUGCUUCCGGCAGUUCUGUUAUGAUAAUGCUCAUGGGCCCCGAGAGGUUUGCAGCCAGCUCCAUGGACUUUGCAACCAAUGGCUGAAGCCAGAGCAGCACACAAAGCAGCAGAUGCUAGACCUGGUGAUCCUGGAGCAGUUCCUGACCGUCCUGCCCCAAGAAAUACAAUUCUGGAUCAGAGGAUGUGGGCCAGAAACCAGUUCCCAGGCAGUGUCCCUGGCUGAAGGUUUCCUUCUGAGUCAGGCAGAGGAGAAGAUGCAGGGAGAACAGAUGUGGAGUCCAUCCAUGGAGACAGAAGCUAAAUUCUCUGAAGUAGAAGGAACUUCUUUGGAGGAGUGGCAGAGAGCACAGGCCCAGGAGUAUGGCCAAGAUGCCCUUCCACAUGGUACAGGCAUUGUAAAGAUGUUGUCAACCCAUCAAUUUGUCAGAAGUGUGGAAACAGCUGCUAUACCUCUAGUCCAGUGUCCAUUUUUCAUUGAGGUGGCCAUGUAUUUUUCUGACGAAGAGUGGGCCCUGUUGGAUCCAAGCCAAAGAGCCCUCUACAGUGAAGUCAUGCUAGAGAACUAUGCGAGCAUGGCCUUUCUGGAAGCUAAAAAUGUAGGAGACACUACAGUGGAGACAGACAAAAGCCUCCCAUCCAGAGGAAUGGUGGACAGUAUCUCAAGACAAUCUCAAGAGAGAGUAUCCUUCCCAGAUGAGCUGGCUGCAGCAGAAAAUGUCAAGGAGAUGGUUGGGGAAUUCCAGGGAUUUUCACUGGAAAGAGUCAAAGAAGAAGAAUCUCAGUGUCACUUCAUGGAUCAAGAGAGAUCAGAGAGGCAAAAGAGAAGCCCUGGAAAAAAGAUGACAGAAAAAAACAUUCCUUUCCAAAGAGGGGAUUUCCAUGAUGCAGUUGAAAUGGCAGUGGAAACAUACAAAUGCUUGGACUGGGAGUUGAAUUUUUCAGGUCAAACUGAAGAUGUUAUCCAUUUGCAAAAUCCCCCUGGAAAGAAGGCCCAUAAUAGCUUCAAGUGUGGAAUGAGCGUCCUUUGCAGCAAAGAGCUCAUUCGGCACCAAAGAAUCCAUAUAGGAGAGAAAAUGCAUAGCUGCCCAGUGAAAAAUACAAAGAAUUUAUCUGAUAGGCAGACACCUCAAUGUGGACAGAGAUUCUGUAGCAGUGUUGAUUUCCAACAGCAUCUACAAAACCACACACUGGAGAAACCAUUUGAGUGCUCAGAGUGUGGAAAGAGGUUCACUACAAGUGGCUGUCUUCAUCUGCACCGAAGAAUCCACACAGGAGAGAAACCUUUUGAAUGUUCAGAUUGUGGGAAGAGAUUCAAUCACAGUGGUCAUCUUCAUGUGCAUCAAAGAACCCACACAGGAGAGAAACCUUUUGACUGCUCAGAGUGUGGAAAGAAAUUCUGCAGCAGUGGAUAUCUUCAAAAGCAUUUGAGAAUCCACACAGGAGAGAAACCUUUUCAAUGCUUUGAGUGUAGAAAGAGAUUCAGUAGGCGUGACCAUCUUCAACUGCAUCAAAGAACCCACACAGGAGAGAAACCUUUCCAGUGUUUAGAAUGUAGCAAGAGAUUCAGCAGGAGUGACUGUCUUCAUCUGCAUGAACGAAUUCACACAGGGGGAAAACCUUUUGAGUGCUCAGAGUGUGGAAAGAAAUUCAGCUGCAGUGGAGCUCUUCAAAAGCAUUUAAGAACACACACAGGUGAGAAGCCUUUUGAGUGCUUAGAGUGUGGAAAGAGAUUCAGUCACAGUGGCAGUCUUCAUCUACAUCAAAGAACCCACACAGGAGAGAAACCUUUUGGGUGCUCAGAGUGUGGAAGGAAAUUCAGACAGAAUGGAGCUCUUCAAAAGCAUUUAAGAACACACAUAGGAGAGAAGCCUUUUCAGUGCUUAGAGUGUAGAAGGAGAUUCAGUACCAGUGACUAUCUUCAACUGCAUCAAAGAACCCACAGGGGAGAGAAGCCUUUUGAGUGCUCAGAGUGUGGAAAGAAAUUGAGCAGCAGUGAAGAUCCUCAAAGGCAUUUAAGAACACACACAGGACAGAAACAUUUUGAGUGCUUAGAGUGUAGAAAGAAAUUCAGCAGCCGUGGAAAUCUUCAAAAGCAUGUAAGAACACACACAGGAGAAAAACCUUUUCAGUGUUCAGAAUGUGGAAAGAGAUUCGGUCAUAGUGGCAGUCUUCAUCUGCAUUCAAGAACCCACACAGGAGAGAAACCUUUUGGGUGCUCAGAGUGUGGAAAGAGAUUCUAUCACAGUGGCAGUCUUCAUCUACAUCAAAGAACCCAUACAGGAGAGAAACCUUUUGGGUGCUCAGAGUGUGGAAAGACAUUCAGUAGCAGUGGAGCACUUCAAAAACAUCUAAGAACCCACACAGGAGAGAAACCCUUUGAGUGCUCAGAGUGUGGAAAGAGAUUCAGUCAGAAUGUAGCUCUUGAAAAGCAUUUAAGAACACACACAGGAGAGAAACCUUUUCAGUGCUUACAGUGUAGAAAGAGAUUCAGUAGAAUAGACCAUCUUCAAGAGCAUCAAAAAACACACACAGGAGAGAAGCCUUUUGAUUGCUUAGAAUGUGGAAAGAAAUUGAGCAGCAGUGGAAAUCUUCAAAAGCACUUAAGAACCCAUACAGGAGAGAAACCUUUUGAGUGCUCAGAGUGUGGAAAGAGAUUCAGUCACAGUGGCAGUCUUCAUCUACAUCAAAGAACCCACACAGGGGAGAAACCUUUUGAGUGCUUAGAAUGUGGAAAGAGAUUCAGUAGAAUAGACAGUCUUCAGGUGCAUAAAAAAACGCACACAGGAGAGAAGCCUUUUGAGUGUUCAGAGUGUGGAAAGAAAUUGAGCAGCAGUGGAAAUCUUCAAACGCAUUUAAGAACUCACACAGGAGAGAAGCCUUUUGGGUGCUCAGAGUGUGGAAAGAGAUUCAGUCACAGUGGCACUCUUCAUCUGCAUCUAAGAACCCAUACAGGGGAGAAACCUUUCGAGUGCUCAGAGUGUGGAAUGAGAUUCAGGCAAAGUGGCAAUCUUCAUCUGCAUCAAAGAACCCACACAGGGGAGACACCUUUUGAGUGCUCAGAGUGUGGAAAGAGAUUCAGUCACAGUGGCAGUCUUCAUCGACAUCAAAGAACCCACACAGGAUAGAAGCCUUUUGAGUGCUCAGUGUGUGGAAGGAAAUUCAGUCACAGUGGCACUGUUCAAAAGUAUUUUAGAGUACACAUAGGAGAGCAACUUUGCCAGUGCUUUGAGUAUAGAAAGAGAUUCAAUAGAAUAGGCAAUCUUCAAGUGCAUCAAAAAACGCCCACAGGAGAGAAGCUUUUUUUAAUUAAAAUUUUUAAUUGGUUUGAAAAAAGAGAAUACAAAUCUAGUGACAAAAAUUACAUUGAAAUAGAAUUGUAAAAUUAGAAAACAAAAAAUAUACAGCAAAGUAAUGCAUAUCUUUUAACAUACAAAGGCACAAAAAAUGAAAGAAAAAGGACACAAAAAUUUGCAUGACUUUCAAAUAUUUCUAUUUUUAUAUAUCCUUUUGAAGUUUCACAAACUAUAAAACUGAUAUGAAAGUUGUUUCUGUAUGUAUUGAGACCAUUUUUGCCAUUCAUUUUGAAAAUCUUGGUCAGGCAAAUUUAGCCAAUUCUAGCACUCUGAUUUGCCAUUCAUAUUUUGUUGGUUUUUUAUUUGAUUUCCAAUAUUUAGCCCAAAGUAAUCUUGCAGCAACAGGCAUAUAUUGAAAUAAAAGGCUGAGGCAGGUUCCGCAUGAGCCAAAAAUAGUGGUGUGAAAACGGUGUGAAAUUGGUAUAAAUCCUUUUACACCAUUUUCACACUGCUGUUUUUUGCCCACGCGGAAUCUGCCCCAGUUUUAUUUAAUUUGAGAUCCAUCAUUCUUAGUAAGUAUCUCUCAGGCUUUAAAGGAAUUUUAGUUUUUAGAAUAUUAUUGACCUCUAUGUUUAUCAUUUUCCAGAACUGAACAGACUACCAUUGGUGAAAAAUGGUGCCAGUACGUGACACUUCCAGUAUUUGUUGGAACAUUUAUAAAUUUUAGCUAUUUUCACAGGGGUAGUGUACCAUCUCAUCCACAUUUUAUAAAAGUUCUCUUUCACAUAAUUGCUUUUAGUAAAAGAUAAAGUAUUCUUCCAGAGAUGUUCCCAAGAAUUCAGGUUUAUAGUAUGAUUAAGGUCUUUAGCCCAACUAAUCAUAUAAUGGUUAAUAUAUUCCGUCUCUAACUCCAGUUCUAACCAAAACCUAUAAAGUUUCCCAAUUAAAAUUUUUAGGAGAGUUCUGUAAUAUCUCAAAUAAUUUAUCUGGUUCAUCAUUUCUCUUAAAUCUAAAUUUAUCUUUAAUGUAACUAUAAUUGUAGGUAGAGCCACCAAUCUAUUUUUAAAUAGAUUGAAAAGAUAGAUUUGAAAAAGAUAGAUUUGAAAAGAUUUAAGUCCAUAAGCAACUAUCAUGAAGUAUUGUGAUAAUUAUAUCUGAAUAUUUAAUCAAAUUUUCAGCAUUCUGAAAUCUUCCAAAGAAUGCCUCUUGGGGUGAGAUCCAUGUUGGCAUAUAUGUAUAAAUUUUGACUUUAUACUUAUUCAAAAUUUAAAUAGGGAAGAUCUUAUCACGAUUCAAAAAUGGUUUGUUUGCAUUAAUUUUAUUAUAAUUUUUAAAAGCAUGAAAUUCAAAUCUUAAACCAUCUGAUUCUAAGAUCAUCAAUCUAAUAUUUGAAAGGAGAAGCCAAACCAAGAUGGACAUGAAGCCUCGAAGUACAAUUUGAAAUUAGGGAGAGCCAAUCCGCUCUUAUGUUUAAGUUCUGUCACUACCUUAUAUUUGAUUUUUGGUUUUCUGCCUCCUCAUAGAAAUUUAUUAAGUCCUUUUUGCCAUUCCUUAAAAGGUUUGUCUGAUUUGAUCAUUGGUAUAGUUUGAAAUAAAAAUAAAAAAUGGCAAAAUAUUCAUUAUAAUUGUUGUGAUAUGACCUAGAAACAACACAUUUAAUUUCUCCCAAUUAUUUAAACUUUUUUGAGUUUCUUUCCAAAUUUCCCAUAAUUGUUGUCAUAUAAGGCUAAAUUCGAUUGAGCUAUAUUAAUUCCCAAAUAAUUAAUUUUUAUGGAAAUUUGACAUUCAAUAUAAACCUCUGACAUUUUUAUCUACUUCUACCAUAUUCUUAAAAGGUGUGACUUGUUUUUAUUUACUUUUAAUCCAGAAACCAUACCAAAAUUAAUUAAUAAGUUGUAUAACUGAAUGAAUCGGUUCUUCCAUAAAAACUACCACAUCAUCAGCAUACAUCCUUUUAAAAUUUCUUUUUUAAUUCUUACACUUAUAGUGUCUUUAUGAUGUCUAAUUUUAUCCAACAAAACUUCUGUUGCAAGAAUAAAGACAAGAGGGGAAAGUGGGCAUUCCUGGUGUGUACCUUUCGUAAUCUGACAUCGGUUCAUGAGCUCGUUGUUAACUAUAAAUCUAGCCAAUUGGUGUUUAUAAAUCUGACAUCCAAUUGCAAAAUCUGUCCCUGAAUCCUGUUUUUUCUAAUAUAGCCAUUAUAAAGUUCCAGUCAAUGCUAUCAAAUACCUUGUGGAAAUCUAUUUAAAAAAGAGCUAGUUGUCAAUCUGGUUUUUGUUCAAACGCUUCUAUAAUUAACUAAAACUCUAGCAUUAUCUUUUUUAUGUCCACCAGACAGAAAUCCGGUUUGGUCAAGAUGAAUGAUUUUGCUAAGGAUUUUUUAAAAUCUAUCUGCCAUAAUAGAAGCGAAUAUCUUGUAAUUUAAGUUUAAGAGUGAAAUAGGCCUAAAAUUUUCAAUAUCAGAUUUAUCUUUUCCUGGUUUAGGGAUUAAAGAAACGUUAGCUGAAUUCCAGGAAUUGGGUACACCUUACAUCCUUAUAUUUUAAAACUUCUAAUAGUUCAUUUUUAAAUGUUUUAUAAAAAUAAUUCAUUAGUCCAUUUGGACCAGGAGUUUUAUUAAGGUUUAGUUUCUAUAUUGCUUCCAGAAUUUCUUCUUUUGUAAUUGUCUGAUUCAAGUUUAAAUUAUCUUCAGAAUCUAUUAUACUUAGAUUACAAAUACUAAUAUAAUCAUUUCUAAAUUCCUCAUCAAUCUGUUCUUCCUUAUAAAGGUCUUGAAAAAAUUCAACAAAGGCUUUAUUUUGGAUUGUUCAUUUUGGGUUGUUCAUAAAUUCAUUUCCCACUUUAAUUUUUGUAAUAUAUUUGCCUUGAUUUCUUUGUCUCAGUUUCCAAGCCAGCCAUUUAGAAAUUUUAUCUCCAUGUUCAAAAUUGAGUUGUUUACUUUUUAAUAAUGGUUGACUAACUUCCUCUGACAUCAAUAUGUCCAGUUAAGCUUUUAAAAUCUUUGAUUGAUGUGAUUUUUUUUUCAUUUUGGGGUUAAUAGUAAGUUUUUGUUCCAUGUCUUGUAUUUCUUUAACCAAUCUUUUAUUAUUAGCAUCUUUUAGUUUUCUUUUCAAGCAAUAUUGUUGAAUAAAGGAUUUAAAAGCA